UCGCCGUCUCCCCGCUCAUCCCUCGCCGCUCGCCGGACGCCCAGAGCCGCAGCCUCUCCGUCUCGCCCGAUCGGCGUUUGGGACUCGUCAGCAGCCGCGCCACCGCAACUGUGCGGGCCGUGCCCCUGCCUCUGGCAGCUAGGCGCCCCUGCAAGCCGGCGCACGCCGCCCACUCCGCGCACCGGCGCUCGGCCGGCAGGCAGCAGCAAGCCAGCAACCAUCCUUGUUGAUUUGAGACCCAGCAUAGCAGCAAGGAAGCGGACGGGAGGAUGAUGGGAAGCAACAACCCCGGUGGCGCAGGCGGAGGGAUGGCUCCGGGCAUGGGGGUGGGCAGCAGCGACGGGCGGCACGAUGACGAGGCCGUACUCACCGAGUUCCUCUCCUCCCUCAUGGACUACAACCCCACGAUUCCGGACGAGCUCGUGGAGCACUACCUCGGUCGCAGCGGCUUCCACUGCCCCGACCUACGCCUUACAAGGUUGGUUGCUGUAGCUACUCAAAAGUUCAUUUCAGACAUCGCAAGUGACUCCCUUCAGCAUUGCAAAGCCAGGGUUGCAGCACCUAUCAAAGACAACAAGAGCAAACAACCGAAGGAUAGACGUCUUGUAUUGACGAUGGAUGAUCUUUCAAAAGCCCUGCGUGAGAAUAACACUCGGCCAGUUACAUUCUUAGGAGUUGAAUCCCUGCACUGAUAAAUCUGUUGAAAAUUACUAUGGAUGAAUGGAUUUAGUUGAUCCUUGUAGACCAAGUGGAUUGCUUUGCUUGAUGCAGAUUUUUUCUAAGAGGCAAAAAUCAAAUUCAUAUGGAUUCAGUUUUACGUGUUCCAAGCUUCUCACAGCUCACCGAAGUUCAUACUAACAAACUGACCAAUCGGUGGCAGCUAGGAACAUCUUACCAGCAUACCAGUACAACGGCACCUUACAUGAAAUCAGCAUUUAAGCUCCUGACACUUACGUGUCUAAUUGACAAACGAUUUCCUACAGUUUUGCCUUCUAACCAUGUUUUGGAGUCCAUACUGGUGGCAGCUCCUUAACAUUGAGUUAUAGGGCCUGUACCUGUAGAAGAACGAACUACACAGACAUCUACUAUUAUGGAUAUUGCACAUGGUCCAAAGCAGCCAAAGCAUACAAGGGUAUGAACAGAUAACAAUAAAUAUAUAUAUCCUGCUCUUUGUCUUGAACAGAUGGGCUCAAUUGUUUAUUUCCGCCCUAAUUAGAAAAGCAGUUAAAAGAAAGGGAAUCUGAGUGAUACUACAAAGGUUUAAAUCAUGUCCAUCUCCCAAGUAAUACGGGGAACGGCGCAAUCACUAAGGAUGACGUGAGCAGAAAAAGCAGUCUACACAUGUCUAAUCUAACCACCAUUUUCUGAUCAUCUUUAGUGAGAAUGCUCAUGCUUAUCAAAACCUGCCAAACCAUUAUUUUCAAGCAAUUGCUCAUUUGUCGGACGAAGUUGCAAACUUAAAAUGGUAUUAUCCAAUUUUCUACAAGCAUAUAUUCGCCAAAGUAUAUCUUCUGUGCACACCUUCGUGGGUUGCUAGUUCUUUGGUAAUCAAGUUCUAGUUAUGUUCAGUUGCAUGCAAGUAGUCAGGUAAUCUUUCAGGUUAUCUAUCUACCUUCAACCCAAACCUCACAUAAAAGGCAUGCUACUCAUGCAAUCUAUCAUAUUGCUCAAGAUGUUAGACAUGGAAAUAUCCUCCAGCCACUUGUCAGACAUCCUCCUGAAAAUUUUAGCUUGAUAUUAAAAACUCUAAUUCCCACCAGACAUGCCUUUGCAAGUGCAACACACCUCUGAUUGGAGAAAUUCAUUGUUAUUCUCUCUCUCAACAACGCCUGCUGCCAGCGGCUCAUCAUUGUUAGUGAAUGCUACCAAGCGUUUAGGUUCCUAAAAUCUUUAUCCUGUUUCGGCUUAGCUGACCCACUAGUCCACAAACAGCACCCUAGUCUGGUGAUCUGAUACAUUUUAAAGAAAAUGCAUUUAUGACUCGCAAAUACUAAAAUACCAUACCGAUACAGGUCAUCAAUAUACUCAUACUUUGUCACAAACACGACCUGUUUAGGGCCUUUAGGCUAAAACCCCAGUUAUUUGGUGGUUAUCACAGACGCAUACCACGCUAAAAUCCACCCCAUUCAUGUAUCAUAUGUUUGCAACUGUUGUCUGUACAAAGAACAAGGUGGUGCACCAGCCUGUGCACUGAGAAAUGUGCACCACAGAGCACUGUUCUAAAAGAUGUCCGACUAGUGGAACACACUCUCACCUCACAUGUUCACCCUACAUAGGUAGCCGACUAGUAGUUGAUGAGACUCCAGCCUCUAGGUGCCACUCCAACCCCCACCGAGUGCCUAACACCUUUAGGCCUCAUUUGGUUGCACAGGAUACCUCCGGGAUCCCAGACUUUAUCCCUGGGCACAAAAAAACCCACGAGACACAUUAACCCUGGAAAUCUAUAUGACCAUCUGGUGGCCAACUAGAUGGGGUUUUCCCCAGCCCAAUCCGCGUCAUAUCCCGGGGAAGAUUCCCACGUCUCGGUACAUCCAGCAAAAAUUCCUCGUCUUUUGCCCCCGAGUCGGACGCCUCAACCUUCCCUUCCACACGAGUCUGCUUAGUUACCCUCUCUCUAUUGCCGGCGCCGCCACUGCCGUUGUGUACAUGCGUCUGCUUCUCUCCUAAUUGACCUCUGCCACGUCUUCAGUGUUGUUCCACGGGAGGGUUCCUCUUCCGAUGUCUUCCCCAACAAUUUUUCUGUGAUUAGGUGUUCCAGAUCCGGCGAUGAACCAGAGAAUGUGAGGGAAGUUUUGCCAGAGCAGCUACAAUGCAGUAGACUACAACGAGCUCGAACAUGGCGACGGCGAGCUGCGCCAUCUUGUUGGAGAUGCUGAAGCAGACUCCUCGCAUGCUGACGCUUCGUCAGUUGUUGAGGACGAGCUUCCCCAGUUCACGGCACCUUCUCUUUUUUCUUAACUUUUUUGACGUAGUAUUCGCUAUAGUACGGAGUAGGGGUCUCCCCCCUCUGCCAAAUUAUGACAGGGAAUGGAUCUUCAACGUGGUUUUCUCCCCCUAGGUUAUUGAAUGACCAGAAAAAAUCUCACCCGCGCUUUUGUUUGCCCUGUGUGUUAUUUCCCUAACGACCAAGCCUUAAGAGUUUCUGUGUACGUGUGAGCAUAUGCUUCAUGUUCUUUUGAUUUUAUGCUUUUGUACGAAUUUC